AGGGCAGAUGCGGACCCGCGCUGGCGGUGCCAAGGCAGCGGCCUGAGCCAGCUCCCAGGCAGGUCGGUAGCCCCGGGAGACGUGUGUGCCGCAGGCUGAGAGGCUGGUCCGCGAGCUGGGGAGGCGGCGGUCUCCAGGAAGCUGGGAAAAGGGGCCCCUGGGCUGCAUCAUUUCCUCGGAGCUUUUGAGCCGCAAGUGCCUCGCCUUGGCUUUAUUGAAGAAACAUGUUAGAGAUUCAUCCCAUCUCUAAAAUAGCAGUAUUUACACCUUGGAAUUGUCGGCCUUCUUAUAAGGCGCAUUUGGGAAAUUAACAUGAACGCUUUCUGUGAAGUUUUAGAGCAGUUGUAUAAGAAGGUGCUUCUGGGAGCCACACUUCAAAGUGACAGCCACAAUUACGCCUUCUAUCUUAACCCCGCACUCUCAGAUCAAGGCUACGCUACAGCCCCUUCCUCAGGAUGGCUGGAGACCAGUGGGAUGCAGAGUGCCUCUCAGCCACCCGCUGCCUCGGAGACUGCUGUUCCUGGGGCAGCCAUUUGUGUCAAGAGAAACUCACAGACAAGCAGCGCCCAAGAGACAAAGCUCCUUCAGUUAACUGUGCUCCACGUGAUGCUAUCGAAGAUACUGGCUGCGGAAACUGAGAUGCAUACAAAGGAGAAAUACUGUGAUAUAACUAAAAUUCUUUUACGGUCGAAUGAGGUCGAUUCUAAGUUGCUUUGCAUGGUCCCAAAUGCAGACAAGUUGUUGUCUCACAUGGCUGCCAAGUGCCUGGCAUUGCUUCUGUAUUUCCAGUUGAAAGAAAAGAUACCAUUAAGUAGUUCCUGGAUUGUUUUUUGCCAAGACAAUUUUUCUGAAUACUCUGAGAAUAAUGAAGUAGUACAUUGCCUCUGGAUUCUUACAGCCGUAAUGAAAGAAAUCUUUAAGGACACAUGUUCAGAAAAAACAGAAAUUCUAAAGCAAUUCCUGGCUACUUUUGACACUACUUUUGAAGUAUUCUACGAGUCCUUAUUUUCUCAGCAUUUUGAAAACCGUCAGGAUCCUUUCAAGAUAGUAAAUAGCUUAGUAAGUUUCUUGGACUUACUUGAACUUCUAAUAGCCUCCAGAAUCUACCUGAAGUUACAUUUCAAGAGCCAAAGGAUUCUGUUUUUGAAACCGUCCUGUGUGCUAGACACUCUUACCUGGCCGAUUCAAGCCUUCGUCAAAAGGAAAUUGAUCAUAUUUAUCAAAAAGUGCCUUCUGUGGAAGGUGGGCGAAGACCUGUGCCGUGCGUCUGUGCCCGCCAUGACGUCACCGGACCACCAUGUAGAUGUGGACAUGCUGGCUUUAGCUAACGCUGUUUUGCAAACUGUGAGUCUGGGCUUGCUGAAGACAUGGUCUACGCCUGGGAAACGGGCUUGCUUUGGAGGUAACGCAGUUCAGCCUGGAUGUGGAGACCUCACCGGGCCGGACCAUGUUUUCCUUCGAGCUGCAAGCUUAGUUACAGUGAAGUCCUUGGAAAUCAAGUUUCGAGAUUAUUCCUCUGUGAAUGAAAUGAAAGCUGACCUGCAGAGGUUCAUGUCUGAGCUACUGACCUUCUUAAAGCCUCACCUUCAGCCCUCUGGGCAACCGCACAACCCGUGUGAAUGGCUGUCGGGGGUCUUCAUAGAACAAGACGACGAUCUGCUGGAGGCCGCCAGCGCGUUACUGAGCAUCUACCUGAAGGUGGUCAGAGAAUGCGAAGCUACUGAAAGUGUGACCCAAGAAAAAGAAAAGUGGAUCAGUCACACACAUGAAAAUGGCUAUAAUCCUCACUGUAUUUUCAUAUUCUUCUUAAAAAAUAUAGGAUUUGAUUCUACAGUUCUUCUUGACUUUUUGAUCUCAUCAGAGACUUGUUUUCUUGAAUAUUUUGUUAGAUACUUAAAGUUACUACAAAAAGACUGGGAUGAUUUUUUCACCGUUUGCAAAGUCUUUGAUGCACCUGUAUCUCAGUGUGGCGAAAGUAAUUGUGGCUGUGUCCCCGUGCUUGUCCAAGACAGAAACAGCAACCAAACACCACCUCCCUGCGCGGCUGCGGCUGGUAGUCACAUUUGUGCUCACACCUGCAUUCCCUGGGCUUCUGGCGACUCUUCUGAGCCCCUGAAGCAGGUCGUGAUGUCCAAGGAGACCCAUGCCACGAGAGAUCAGAGUCUGUCUUCUCCUCAGCCCGCUCGAAGUCUGGUGGAUUAUGACAGCUCUGAUGAUUCUGAAGCAGAACCCAUGGACCAGUGCUUAGCCAACAGCCAAGAGACAUUUCUCCACCAACAAGCAAGCGAGAAAAUUCAAGACCCGGUUGGGACAAGCAGGGAUGAAAGAGAACGUAGCUCAGAGCUCCAGCCAAGCCCUCUCGUUCCAAAAGAAUCUAUGGCUUCCAUCUCUAUGGACUGUGACAUAGCCCCAAAUAAUACUCUCUCUGAAGUAGGAGUAUUCCACAGCAUAGUCAAAUGCUUUGAAGAGCUACAAGGUGCCAUUUACCGUUUGCAGAAGAAAAAUCUCUUUCCGUAUAACCCAGCUGCCCUUUUGAAGUUGUUAAAACGUGUAGAGGCAAUGUAUACUGAAAGUGCUAGCCUUUUGUAAAAUGUAUUUUAUUUCCAGGAGUUGUUCUUCCUUAAUAUGAAUUGUGCAUUAAUAAGGUAAUAGUUUAGAAAGAAAAGCACUGCAGAAGAGUUUUCUGUACAAGUCUUUCUUUUGCCUUUUAUAUGGGAAGCAGCAUAAUUCUUGGGAAAGAGACAUUAAAUGACAAGUUGCUUGGUACACUUGGGUAUCACUUGCAAACGAUGUGGUUCAAAAUUACACAAAAUUUAAAAGGUGAAAGAUUUAGGCAAGCUGAAGAGAAACCAGAGUAUUACAAAAUUUAAAAUGGGCAUUGUAUCAGUUCCCUAGGGCUGCCAUAACUAAUGAUCACACCCUUAGCAGCUCGAAACUGAAAUUUAUUCUCUAGUGGUUCUGGAGGCUAGAAAUACAGAAUCCAGGGGUCUGCAGGGCCGUGCUUUUCCUCAAGUUCAUAGAGAGAGGUCCUCCCCUGCUGCAUGCUGGUGUCCCUCGCCUGUAGCAGCACCGCCCCAUCCUGUGCCUCUCGUGCCGCUCUCCCGGCAAGCGUGUCUAUGUCCACUUUCUGUCUUAUGAGGACCCCAGCCACGAUACCAGGGCCCCUAAUCUAGUCUGACUGCGUGUUAACCUGAUCCUAUCUUCAAAGACCUCAUUUUCAAGUAAGAUCCCAUUCUCGGGCUCUAGUUGACAUGAAUUUUGGAAAGACACUUAGUGUAGUUAUUAUUUCUCUGAACUAUUUACAUGUAAAGUGUUAAGUGGAAAAAAACUAGAGAUAAUUCAUUCUGUGUACAUGGUCUGCUCUAUGAACAUAACCAUUUAGUCAGCAUAUCAUAUUUGUACUUCACGGGGUAUAACAUUACAGUUUGAUACAUUAUAUAAUGUUUAAUAACCAAAUCAGAGUAAUCAAUAUUUACAAAUCCUCUGUUUUUAUCAAUUCAUUGUAUAAGGAACCUUCAAACUCUUGAUGAAGUAAUUUUAAAAUGUAUCUAUUGUUGUAGAAUGUGGUUACACUACUAUGUUAUAACAUUAGAACUAAUUCUCUCCCUAAAUAUAUUAGUUACCUGUUAUCCAACCCACCUCUCCCUUUCUCCUACUUUCCUGGAUUUUAAUGUAUGUGAUCAACUUUUUUAGCUUGAGAAUAACUAAAUUGUGAGAAUAGCUAAGCAUUUAUUUCUCUGUGCCUGGCUCACCUCAUGUAACAUUGUCCUCUGAUUCCUCGCAUCUUGAUUCAAUGUUACAGUGAUAGAAUUUUUUAUUUUCAAUGGAACAACAUCCUAUUGUGUAUAUACAGUAUUACAUUUCCUUUAUGCAUUUUUUCAUCAAUGGAUGUCUUGACUGAUUCUGUAUCUUAGCUAUUGUGCCUAAUGCUGCAAAUAAACAUGGGCAUGCAGAUACCUCUUUGCUACGGAUGUAAUAUCCUUUGGAUGUGUACCCAGUCCUCGGAUUGCUUGGUCACACAGUAGUUCUGUUGACAAUUUUUGGAGAAAUCUCCCUAUUAUGUUCUGUAAUGACUUUACUAAUAAUUUACAUUCCCACCCAGAGGGUGUGAGCUCUUUCUCCACAUUCCCUCCUGCUUUUUUAUUAUUUUUAGUUUGUCUUUUUGGUAGUAUCCAUCCUAAGGAGAAUAGCAUGUUGUCUCAUUGUGGCUUGUCACAACUACUAGUGUUGUACUGGUUUUUGGUGAUUUUUUUUUUAAUUAGUUGUUAGUCCUCUGCAGGUCUUUUGCCUAUAAUGUUGUGGCAUUUGAGUUGCUCAUGGAUUCUAAAUAUUAAUCUCUUUUCUGUUGUGUAUAAUUAUUUCCUCCUGUGCUGUAGCUCAUCUCAUUAUUCUGUUGGUUGUUCCUUUGCCAUGCACAAGCUUCUUGGCUUGAUACAAUUCCAUCCUAGGUUUGCUUUCAUUACUUCUUUUGGGUCUUUUUAAAAAUCAUUUAUUUAUAUAUUUAUUUAUUUAUUUGGUACAGGGUCUUGCUACACAGCUU